CAAAUAAAAAAGUCUUUCAAAAGUUGUAAAAAACAGUACUACUAAUUAAUUAAAAUGGCUAAAUUUGGUGAUUUGAGUAAUUUUCUAGUGUUGUACAUUUUACUAGGAAUAGUGCGUUCUAGCCAUGCUCAGUUACAGCUCAAUUUCUAUGCCAAAAUCUGUCCACAAGCAGAGAAGAUAAUUCAGAAUUAUGUGCAAAAGCAAAUCACAAAUGCCCCAUCUCUUGCAGCUGCCCUGCUCAGGCUGCAUUUCCACGAUUGCUUCGUCAGGGGUUGUGAUGCUUCUGUACUGCUGAAUUUCACUCCGAGCACGAAAAAUCAGACUGAAAAAGUGGCUGUUCCUAAUCAAACGCUGAGAGGCUUCUCAUUCAUCGAUGGUGUGAAGAAAGCAGUUGAAGCUGAAUGCCCUGGAGUUGUCUCUUGUGCUGAUAUUGUUGCCUUAGUUGCUAGAGACUCUGUUGUGGUUACAGGAGGCCCUUACUGGAAUGUUCCAACUGGUAGAAGAGAUGGAAGAGAUUCAAACGCCUCGGAAGCCUUGGCAAACAUCCCUCCUCCGACAAGUAACUUUUCCAGUCUCCAGACAUCUUUUGCUAGCAAGGGUCUUGACCUAAAAGACUUGGUCCUAUUGUCUGGUGCACAUACCAUUGGAAUCUCUCACUGCCCGUCAUUUUCAUCACGUCUAUACAAUUUUACGGGAAUUUGGGGGAAACAAGAUCCAUCUCUAGACAGCGAAUAUGCAGCUAAUCUUAAGACGAAGAAAUGCAAAUCAAUCAAUGACAAUACGACAAUUGUUGAAAUGGAUCCUGGCAGUUCCGGUAAAUUUGAUCUUAGCUACUUUCAGCUAGUGCUAAAGAGAAAAGGGCUAUUCCAAUCUGAUGCAGCCUUGACAACAAGUGCGACAACAAAGUCAUUCAUCAAUCAGCUAGUACACGGAUCACUCAAACAAUUCUAUGCCGAAUUUGGUGUAGCCAUGGAGAAAAUGGGCAAGAUUGAAGUCAAGACCGGCUCUGUUGGUGAGAUUAGGAAGCAUUGUGCAGCUGUGAAUAGUUAAGAGAUGUCUUUUGCCUUUGUUCCCAACUUCCAAUAUUCGUGAGUUUGUAUUUUGUAUGUAACCUUUGUGUGAAUGAUUCGGGAUAACAUGUAUCAUUUCUUUUUGUAGUUAUCCCAACUUAUUCUUGUAUAUUGAUGUUUUUUCUUGAAAUAAAACUAAGCUGCCAAAAACUGC